AUGGACGUAUGUUGGAAAAGGGAGAAACUCACCAGGCCAAACAUAACCACAUUCAAGCAGAACUCGUCCACGUCAUUCAUGUCCAUCCUGACGUUGCCACUGGUCGACGAGGACCUCGGCCUCGAUCUCGAUAUGAUCGAGAGGAUGGAUGGUGAUGUUUGCGGCACGCGCAAGACGUCGGGCUCUACGGCGCCGGAGAUCGAAUCGGAUCAGGCCUUUACGGAUGAGUUCCGCGCCUAG